GGCGUAGGAUGGAGCCGCCGGUAGGACUGCCGGGGGCUGGUCAGUGUCAGCCGUAGGCAGAAGUGCCGGGGGAAGAACCCCCUGAGGCUGACAGGUGUCCCCGCUGUAAGUGCCCUUACGGAGACUCGCGGACUCGGUUAUUGCUGCUUCAAAGAUGAUGCUGGCAGAGCAAGCUCAGAAGUGGUUCCCAACUCACGUGCAAGUCACGGUUCUUCAAGCCAAAGGUCUGAAGCCCAAAGGCAAAGGUGGCAGCAAUGACGCUUACACUAUCAUACAGCUGGGCAAGGAGAAGUACUCCACCUCGGUCGCCGAGAAGACCCUGGAUCCAGUAUGGAAAGAGGAGGCCUCCUUCGAGCUGCCCGGAUUACUCAUGCAGGAGAAUCCAGAAAGAUACAUCCUGUACCUGAUUGUCAUGCACAGGUCGCUGGUGGGGCUGGACAAGUUUUUGGGCCAGGUGGCAAUCAGCCUGAACGAUAUAUUUGAGGACAAGCAAAGGAGGAAAACAGAGUGGUUUCACCUAGAGUCCAGACAAGGAAAAAGAACUAAAGACAGAGGAGAAAUAAAGGUCAAUAUUCAGUUUAUGAGGAAUAACAUGACAGCAAGUAUGUUUGAUUUGUCAAUGAAGGACAAAACCAAAUCCCCUUUUGCUAAACUAAAAGACAAAAUGAAGGGUCGAAAAAAUGAUGGAACGUUUUCAGAUACAUCCUCUGCCAUCAUUCCAAGCACUCACAUACCAGAUGCAAACAUAGAGAUUUGUAGUGGUGAAGUACAAAUGAAAUCAAAACCAAAAAAACCUUUCCUUUUGGGACCUCAGCGGCUAUCUUCAGCUCAUUCGAUGUCAGAUUUAACAGGAUCACACAUCUCCUCAGAAAAACUAAAAUCCAGCACAGUUGGCUACUCUCAUCUCUUCAGGCGUCAGCUAGAAUCUUUUGGUUCGGUCGAUGAAGGUGGGAGUAUAAAGUCUCCACAUCGAAGGACAUUAAGUGUCGAUACUUCUAAAAUGAACCAGCUUGACAGCACGGUUGAUGAAACUGCACUUGAAGCACAAAACGACCCAUUUACCAACGUGAGUGCUUCGCUACCCCAGAAAUUUGCUACACUGCCAAGACAGAAGAAUCCAUUUGAAGAAAGCCCAGCAGCAUGGGAUCAAAACAUAAGUCUGUUUUCCAAACCUGUUGAAAUAAAAAAAGAAAUGAAAAAAGAGAAAAAAGAGAAAGUUAGUCUUUUUGAAAGAGUGACUGGAAAAAAAGACAGCAGGAGGUCAGAUAAAUUUAGCAAUGGUGGAUCAGAGAGUUCUACGGACUUGAAAUCACCCAGUGCAUUUGGGGAAACUCAUCAGGACAGUUUUGAUUAUGAGUCGACUAAUCCGUUUAUGACAAACUUCAAGCCUACAAGCAUGUUGCCCUCUUCAAGUUUUAAUACGAAUCCUUCUGGCAUUGAGGACCUCAGGAAAACAAUGGAUGUAAAUCCUUUUGAUGCCACUGCAGGAUACCGUAACCUUACCUAUGAAGAGGUUUUGCAGGAGCUGGUAAAACAUAAAGAGCAACUUAAGAAGAAGGACACCCAUAUUCGUGAACUGGAGGAUUACAUUGAUAAUCUUCUUGUACGAGUAAUGGAAGAAACACCUAGCAUUCUCAGAGUGCCAUAUGAACCUUCUCGAAAAGCUGGCAAAUUUUCCAAAAGCUAAGAUAGUGACUCUUGAUGGUACUUUCUGCUGAAUACGUUAGUGGAAGGAAAUAACACUUCAACAUUUUGACUUCUUUUCAUUCCUUUUGUCCUAAAAAAUUGGGAGACAGAACUAUGGCAUGUUUUUGUUUGUUUUAUUUUAUUUUUUUAUUUUUUGGUUGUUUGUUUGUUUGUUUUUUACUCCAAACACUAGCAGGGACUGCCAAAAGUAAUGUUUUGUUGGAUUAGCUACAUAUAUUUUUUUCUUGAAAAUACCUUUAGCUACACCAUACUUACAGUAGAGUAAAUAAUGCACAUGAAAUAUGUCCAUGCAGUUUUAUAUGAUGGCUUAGUGUUCACUGUGUGGCAGUUUCGGCUGGGAUAGCCUGUGCUGUUUUGAAUGUUUUCUCGACCGAUUAUUGGUAUUAUGCAAAUAUAUCAAUUCUGAUAUUACAGCAUGCCAUCAAAACCACUGUUUUCAAGCCAGUGUAGUAUGCUUUACUAAAUCUAAAUGUGACUUGUUGCAAUGGAAUGCAGUUCGUUCUACACAUGCUAGGAGAAAACAGUGAUGCACAACCUUUGCAGAGUAAAUGCUGUACUGUAUACAAUGUGCUUUUUAUAUGACAAUGUAAAAAAUAUCAUGCCAUUUCACUAAUGGCACAUGCUGGAAUCAGUUAUUUUACACUUAAAUGCUGAAUUUUGUGUAUAAUGAUUGAACUUUGGUAGUGAGCUCAUGACAGGAUUAUUUUGAGGAUCUUUUUGUAUGAAGUUAUUGCAUGCCUUUUUAUAUGUUAAAGUACUUUGAGCAGUGUUAAUAGAGUCAGAAAUAGGAUGGGAGAAAAGUAUGGAAUAAGAUAAGAAUACUUUGUUCAGUUAGUCUACUACAGUAAAAAUAUAGGAGAAAUGAACAGACUGACUUAAAUAGACAUGAUAAUUCUGCAAGUAUAUAACCGACUCAAUUUAAGGUUGAGUUUUACAUGAUAUAUGGCUCUUCGGGUUUUUAAACUUAAGACAACAAAGUAUAUGCCUUUAGAAUUAGGCUGUGUUGCUGAAACACAUCUCGAGUACUUAGAAAGGGUUAUCAUUUGGAAAAAAGAAAAAAAAAAAAGAUCUGUAUUCCUUGUAAGUACUUCUGAAAGUCAGUUUUCAUUGAGGCAAAUGAAAGAAGAAUGUAAUGAAAGUCUUCCUGAUCAUUUAAUAAUUGUUUGUAAGAUGACAUAUGAAAGGAUAUGUUAUUCAAUAAAUUAGCAAAAUAUCGUGAUGAACUUAUAAUGGGAAAAUGCUGUACGAGAAGAAUCCUCACAAUGUUAAUAUAAAUAGAUUUUAAUUUUAAUUUCCUUCAUAAGCAUCUCAGUCUGUUGCUGUGAAACAGUAAGAAGGUAUUAAAAAAUACAGAGAACAUUUUAGGUUUGGAUUUGGAAGGAAUGACCGUCUUUUCCUCCUCUUUGUACACCUGAUCUGUUUUCUUGUAUCAUCAAGUAAUAGCUGGUGUUAUUUUUCAGAUGUAAAAGAUCUAUAUUUUCAUUUUUAAAUCUGCAAAGAUUAGUAAUAUCUUGAUUAACUGUCAUCUGGAAAAGCUGAAAAAGUUCUGCUCUCUUAAUGCUUUUGACAAUGUUAGUUUUCUGUGACAGCACAGAAUUAUUCUUCUUAGACAAAAAAUUCUGUGUUACAAUUGUUCCCAGAUUUCAUUUUCUUCUUUUUUUUUUUUUUUUUUUUUCUUCUUCUUCUUUUCAUCUUUGUUCUUUUAAUUUUCUUCCAAUUUUAGGAACUGCCUCCCAUCCCCCAGCGCUAACAUUAAUGCAGUUUGAGUAUUCUCAGCCCUAUGUUGGGAUCCACUAGGGUAGGUCAUUUUGCUUGCAUGGAGCCUCAGCAAUUCCAGUCAAGCCCUUCCAGUUGUAGUUCAUUUAGACAUUUGGGACAAAGAGGCCAACUUCAUCAAGUAAUUUCUCUUUUGACAGCUUAAGGAUUUAUCAGGUCCUGUACCUCGUAAACCAUAUGAAUGUUCUUUUGACCCACUCAAGGUCUAAAUGACUGUAGAUUUGUUGUAAUAUAUUUGAAGUGCCAAAGGUUAUGUACUAAGUUAUGGUACGUUUACUGUUGGAAGUUAGAUUUUGCACUCAAUUAGAUUUUAAUUUCUUAAUUACACCAAGAUGUAUUUCAGUUACUCAGUAUUUCCAUAAAAGUUCUUGAACAUUUUUGAAUGUUUGGCUGAGGCAAGUGGUUUUCUCAUAUUGUUAAUGGGCAAUUGUUGUGCAGUUGUUCUGAAUUCAACAGACAUAUUAAAACUAACUGGUACGCUAUGAGACGAUCUGUACUAUCCAUGAUGAUUAAACCAUACUCAUCGAUUGGGUUUAACAAGUAAACUAACCAGAGAAUAUGCUCCAAUGACUUUUCACUUGCAAGCCAACUUAUAAUUAUUAAAAUGAAACUCUACUAUAUUUAGCACCUCUGAAAUCACUUCUUUUAGAAUGUAAAUGUAGAAUAUCAAACUGCAUAAUUGACUAAAAGCACAUCAUUUGACAUAUUUGCAUACCAAGAAUGAUAAGCAGAUUAAAGGUAGCGAAAAGAUCAAUUUUUGUGCAUUAGUGAAGAAAUUUACUGAGGCUUUGAAUGUGCUAUCAGGUCUUUAUCUGAUCUAUAAGUGAAUAAAAGCACCUUUUGUUAGUCAAGAAAGAGAGGAGAAUGACAAAUGCAAUUUAGGAAAAGGUAAAGAUACCAAAAGAGGCAGAAUGGGACAUUUACAACUCUGAAAAUAUUUUAUGGAGUUUAUAUGACUAAAGAUAUAAGCUAUUUUGGAGCAAUUCUGGAAGGGAUUGCACACAUGUAAUUUUCUGUUUAGAAAGCAAAUUUUAAUAUUUUUCUAUGUUUUGAGAUUAUUUUUGAAAAGUAUCUUCACCCCACCUGUGUUUGAUGAAAAAUGCAGCUUUCAAAUGAAAAUACUUCAUCCUGAGUAAUGUAUAUGUUGAAGGAAAAAAAAUGUUUCUCCUGUAGAAUAAAAUAGUAAAUUUUCUUGCUGAUUAUUUAAAAAAUGUAAUAACUUGUCACUUACAAUUAGUUUUUCUUGCCCUUUACACUUGUAGGGAUGAAAAUUUUGGAUAUCUCUACAUUAUUUUGAUCUGUCAAAAAUUAGCAUAAAAGUUCAUCCAUGCAUACAAUGUACUUGGAAAUUCUCCUUCAAAACAGCUCUGCUCACAGAGAUGUACUUUACUUAAUUUAAAGAACAAAUAAAAAGGCCAUAUUUUAAUUUUGCAAGUAACAAAACUGUCUGCUCUUCAAGAAGGAUGUUUAGUAUUUAUGUACGUUACCUCUUGCUGCUGUAUUUUAUGUUUAGCUUGGUUUUCCACCUACUAAUGAAUGUAGCAUUCUCCUUAGAUUAUACAUAACUACAUUUAUUGCUGUUGGCUGUGUAUCAAGAAGUAUUUGUAAUUUUCCAGCUGUGAAAAUGUUGCCUUGCAUUUAGAAAGGUUUCAUGAUGUGGGGACCUAAUGAAACUCAUGCUCCUUAGGUACUAGUGUGCAGUUCUUUCUGUACAGGAUGCCCUUUCUUGGAAGCAUCUUAAAACAAACAGAACUGUUGUCUUAAUAUGUUUACUGCUGCACUGGAGGUUUAUUUACACUUCCAGCUUUAAAGAAAAAUUAUUGUAUCAAGUAUGUAAAGCAAGCUUCUGCUUUUUUGCUGUUUACGUAUCCAUUACUGUUGUAGAUACGAUAGAGGCAUUAGCUGUAUGAUUUUCAAAUGGCGAUAUUUAAAGCAUGUUGACUAACUUCCUCUUUGAAGUCCGUGGUGAAGGAUUAUAGUGCUGCUGUAUUCAUGAUGCUAGAUUUAAGGGUCUGUCAGCACUUUGAGAAUGAAACCCUAUUUUCAGGGAUUUAUAACUUCUAAAUCUAGAUACAGGCACUGGAAGUAUUUGAUAUGCAAUAGGUAGCACUUUAAUCUGUUUAUGAAGGAUUUUGAGAUUUGUUUCUGUUGAAAAAGUCAUGGUCUUCUAAAGCGUAGUGGGCAUUUGCUUUAUCUUUCACAAUUUAUACAUUGAAGAAGCCACUGUAUAUUACAAGAGAUAGAGCCAUUCCUAUUCAUCUUAGAAGCUUCCAGGAGUCUUGUAUUAUUAAAAUGUGCUAUAAAAAGCUGAAGAUCCAGGUUAUACAGGAAGUUUGUAAAAGAUAUGAGCAUUACUUAUAACUUGAAGGUCGAUUUUUGUCUUGUGCAAUCAAUGGUACUUUGUCUAAAUUUAAUAAUGGUACAGAAUCACAACUAUAUGCACAUGUGAGAACUAUAAACUUAGAAUGCAUGAAAAACUUUAUUUUUGUUUCAUUAUUGCAACUUCCACUCCUUUAAUUUGAUUAAAAUGUUAUCUUAAUAUUUUAAUUUCUGUCCAUUAAAAAAAAUAUUGCAUGUCUAACACUAAUAAAGCACCAUGAUGCACUACCACGGUA